AUGGCACAAGCUGGGGACGUCUCAGGGCACGACGGGCCUCUGGAUGUGCUGAUCGUAGGAGUCCUCUCCAAACGGGUUCGUCUUCCCAGUUGAAGUUGACAGCGCCCACAGAUUGGUGGCUCGCUAGGAGGGCUGAUGUCUGGGAUCCUACUGAAACGAAGCGGCCACAAUGUACGCAUUCUGGAGCAAGCCGCGUCUUCCGAACGAGAAGGUCUCGCGGCAGGAAUUGGCCUGGCUUUCCAGGUGAAGCGCUUCUUCGAAACCGAAGAUCGUCUCAAAGACAAGCCGAUGGGCAUUCUGAAUUCUGGGGUUUCUAUCGUAGACGAUAAUCUGCGUGUCAGAUACAAGCUCGCUCUGGACAUGAACCUCAGUGAGUAAGCCGACGGGGAAGGACGUAGAACCCUGAUGUCUAAGAGAUCCACAGCCUCAUGGGAUAGCGCCUACUACCGGGCCAGAUGGAAUUUUGACGGACAUCAGUCGGCGCAUUGCCCGGAGACGCCACUCGCAGCAGCAGCUUCCGAGGGAUAUGGAGAGUAUCUGACCGGCAAAUCGGUGCAGAAAGUUGAAGAUGUCCAAGGUCGCUUGACAGCAUUCGUCACAGAUGCCAAGACUGGUGCCACAGAGCAGUACUCCGGGGACAUUGUCAUCGCCGCAGAUGGUGCCAACAGCACCCUGCGGCGUCAACUCCAUCCGAACCUGCAACGCGAGGAACCGGGCUACGUAAUCUGGAGAGGAACGAUACCGACAAGCGAGCUUUCGCAGGAUGUGUUGGACAAGAUCGAGAACCGGCCUGUCAUCUAUCCAGGCCCGCAGACAUACUGUGUGAUGUAAGUCAGCCCCCUGAAAUUCCCGGCCCUCCUUGGGUACUCACAACGAAACAGCUACACCAUCCCAGGCGAGAACGGCUCCCUAGCCCAAGGAACGCGCCACAUCAACAUGGCCUGGUACUUCUGGCCCUCCAAAGCCUCCCUGGAAGAAAUCAUGACCGACGUCGACGGCCACCACCACCGCAGCACCGUCCCCAAAGGCAAAAUGCGGCCCGAAGUCUGGCAACCCCAAGUCGAACAGGCCCGCCGUCUCCUCCCCAAGCCGCUAGUCUCCCUGGUCGAGAAUAUCCAAUCGCCCUUCGUGAGCGUCGUCUCCUCCAUCACGGCCCCCAACGCCGUCUAUUUCAACAACCGCCUCUUCAUGAUCGGCGACGCCCUCACGCAAUCGCAACCCAACAUCGGCAUGGGCACGAGCCUCGCAGCGAAUGCGGCCAUCUCACUCGUCAACGAGGUGAUUUGCCCCGAGAAUGGAGAAGGAAGUCCUCCUCGUCUGAGUCCGGAGAGGAUCGAAGCGUGGGAGCGCAAGGUUCUGCAGGAGAAUGAAAUCACGCGUUGCCGGAGUGUGAGUUUUGCGAGUUGGUAUUUGAAUUCCUGGCCUCUGAUUGGGUACUAUUUUGCGAGGUAUUACGCGAAACUAUAUUGGCAGUAUUACUUUGGAGGACGGGAGAAGAAAUGGGAAGUCCUCAGACGGGUUUGA